AUGUCCCUAUCGUCUGAACUAGCAGCUGCUAUCGAAGAUGAAGACCUACACUUCCGUUCGUCCAGGACGCUGACGGCGCCGCAGAUCCAAGACCCUCGGCCUUUAACCACCACUGGCGAAAUAACCGCUCUCCAGCGUAUGUUAUCAGCAUGUCUGGGUUCUUUCAUCACUUCGCUUGUUGUGACUCCUUUUGACGUGGUUAGAAUCAGAGUUCAGCAGCAGGAGGUCAUGCAGGGGUUCCAGUGUUGUUCUCAGGGCCCCAGGACGACGAAAGUUGCCACAGCAUCUCGAGGAGCUGGAGCUGGAGCUCCAGCGGCAGCGCCAGCGCCUCCAGGCGUGUUUUGGCUAGAUCAUCAUUACUGUGACUCGGCUGAGCGGUGUCCACGAAUCACGUCCACUUUCCAGGGCAUGUCUGUGAUUAGCAGAAACGAAGGACUCACUACUCUCUGGCGAGGACUCAGUUUAACGUUAUUCAUGGCCAUUCCUUCCAAUAUCAUCUACUUCACGGGCUACGAGUAUAUUAGAGACCACUCGCCCAUCAAGGGAGAAAUGUUGAAUCCGCUUUUGUGUGGUUCUUUUGCACGUACCAUGGCUGCCACGGUGGUUGCGCCCGUGGAGCUUCUUAAAACACGGCUCCAGUCGAUUCCCAGCGAAGUUAGGAACGACCAGCCUCGGUCUCAGAUUUUAAAGAACCUUCUUAAAGACCUAGGGCUGUCGCUACAGUCACGAGGCAUCGGUUCGAUCUUUACAGGCUUGAAAAUCACCUUAUGGCGAGACGUGCCGUUCCUGGGCAUCUACUGGCUGUGCUAUGAACUUUUUAAAGACCGGAUAGGCCGAGCCAUGAAGGUGGAUUUUGCUGCUUCUCACCAGGACGACUGGAAAGUCUUCACCACCACUUUCUUAUCUGGAUCCAUGGGAGGCGUGGUCGCUGCUGCAUUUACCAACCCAUUUGACGUGGGCAAAACACGGCUCCAAAUUGCUACCGAAGAAAAACCACGCUCCAACACCCUGAUGUUCACUUUCCUUCGGCAGAUCUACCGCAACGAAGGCAUGGCUGCUCUCUACAGUGGGUUUGGCCCCCGUGUGAUGAAAAUCGCCCCGCUGUGUGCCAUCAUGAUCUCCUCCUACGAGAUUGGCAAGAAGAUCUUUAAGGAUCAGAUGUAG